UGCCGAUAAAGUGCGAGUGGCAGCGAGAGGUCCAUCGGAUCCGAUCGCGUAGGCGAGAGCAGAGAGCGGGAAUGGGGUCGAGCCUCAAGAUGGCUGCCACGGUGUCGUACACACGCACAGGUCUGCUAGAAGUCUACGCAAAACAGCAAUGGCACAAAGUUCUUGCAAGUCUCGAGGAAGAUAGCCUGUGUUUGAGCCUGGAUGAGAAUUAUGACAUUCCCGCUGCCAUCAACGGUGGGCUGUCCGAUAGCGAAGCAGCCGACAUUCCGGAUAGCAUCGCCAACCAGAAGCGGGUUGUGCGCGUUGUAAAACAGGACAACAACGGGCUGGGAAUCAGUAUCAAAGGUGGCAAAGAAAAUAAGAUGCCCAUCUUGAUAAGUAAAAUCUUCAAGGGCAUGGCUGCUGACCUCACGGAGCAGUUGUACGUAGGAGAUGCAAUUUUAUCAGUGAACGGUGAGGACUUGCGAGACGCGACACACGACGAAGCCGUCCGAGCACUCAAGCGCGCCGGAAAGGUGGUGGACUUAGAAGUAAAAUAUCUUCGAGAAGUAACUCCAUACUUCCGCAAGGCAUCGCUCCUGGCAGAAAUCGGCUGGGAAUUCCAACAUGGAGGCUUUUUGUCUGGUGCUGCAGGUGGUAGACAUGGUCCCAGUGCAGGAGGAAGGUCGGAUACUCGACGUGUACCUUUGCUGCUGUGCCAGUUGGCCCGUGGGCUCACAGCACCAGAUUCAGAAGGCCGCACCUUGGAGCUUCACUCACCUGACAGGCGUAGUGUGUGCCUUCUGCGCUGUGCUGAUGCUGCCCAGGCCGGUGCCUGGUUCAACGCCAUUCACGCUGCUGCUGCCCGCGUCAUGAGCCAAGCCGUUGUCGAGGCAAACCAUUUGCUUUGUGACGUACUUGAGAGGGCAGAGCUCCAGCACAUGGGGUGGCUGGCAGAAAAGGCUAGAGAAGAUUCCAUGAAUGCGCAAUGGCGGCCUGUCUUCGUGGCCAUCACAGAUAGAGAUCUUCUCUUUUAUGAUUUGGUUCCUUGGACUAAAGAGGCUUGGGCUGUUCCUGUACACAGUAUUCCAUUAUUGCACACAAGACUAGUGACAACAAGUUCUGGGCGGGGCAAUUCGGGCCUCUCUGUCUCUGGGGCAAGUGAAGCGACAACUUUCACCCUGAGGCUGGGAACACGCCAAGGGGUGCAGUUACGUGUCAUGCGUGUCGAAACACACAGAGACCUCGCUGUCUGGGCUAGGCACCUCGUGCAUGGAGCACACCUUGCUGUCGCUGCUGUCAAAGAAGCACGCUUCCCAUGCAUGUUCCAUGGUCAGGAGUGUACGAUGAUUCUUCACUACGAAGAUGGGUUUGUACUUCAAGAUAACAGGAGGCACACAACACUAUGGCAGUAUCCCUUUGAGAAGUUACGCAACUCUGGUGAUGAUGGUGCGCGCCUUGCUUGGCUGGAUUUUGGUGGAGAGGAUGGUGACAAGGAGCUGGACAUGCUGCAGUGUCCAAAGCCAUUUGUCUUCACUCUACACACAUUCCUCUCUGCCAAGGUCACUCGCAUGGGCUUGGUCGCAUGACAAUUACAGGAUGGCUCUGUGCAGCUCACAGAGCACUGGAGCGCCAUCGAAGGCUACUAGCAAAAAUGCCAUUCAGCCCGCCACACUUUACAUAGGACACUGAAAAAAUGGUGAGCAUAUGCUGCUGUCAGAUGUCUUCACCUCAUGGACUUUGAGGAAGUGCAUGGAGGGAUGACAGAAUGAACAUGGAAUUCCAAUAGCCAUGUGUGGAGUUGAUGAAUUCGGAGCAAAAGUGCCACCAGCGGGGACAAAGCCUACUCUUCCUGCAACAAUGAAUACAGCAGUCUUACAGUGAUGUCUGAUAGGACUUCCUUUUGUUGGGGCUGCCUGCAUGUCAAACACAUUGUAUAGAAAAGUAGCAACUUUUUUCACCAUUGUAAAAUAUGAUGCAAGCAGUCUUUGGCAACCCAGUUCAAUGGCUGUCCCCACUUUUGGCAUCAAUAUUGUUGACAAAGUAGUAUUGAUGUUUGUCUCAGUGAUGAAGUUGUAAUUCUGAUGCCAAAUUUUUGUUUGGUACAUUCGUUUUUCUGUCACACUUGGGGUACUGUGUUAUCUAAAUUUUCCAAAGGUUUAAAAUGUGAAAAUAAGGAGGUACACAGUGGGUUCUGUGGAAAAGAAUUAUAGGAAUUCAGUGUAUAGUGCUUUCUUGGUCUUCAUCCUGUUGAUGUACCAUACCACUGUGUAGGGAAGCCUUUAACAAUAAAUGAAGCAUGAUAUAGCACAAUUCUAUGGAGUAUUUAUAGUGCUAUAUAUUAUCAUGCAGAUUUAUUUUGAUAAUGGCAGUGACAACGAAGUUAUUCAGCUAGUGGGGAAUUGAACAAAGUUCAUGUGGUAAAAGCUUUUUGCCACUUUGUGAUGCUUGGACCUAGUAAAAUUAAGAGCAAGCUGUUGGAGAAUUACGGGUGGCAAAAAUACCUGCCCAUGUCUAGCACCAUAAUCUCAAUGAAGGACGAAUGUUUUGUAAUAUCACAUUAUGGUAGUGUAACAAAGGGCAUAUCUUAAAAAGGGAACAGAACCCCAUGACAAGUGUUUGUAACAGUCCUGUGUACAACAGACAGCUAUUGUGCUGCUCACAUAAGGACACUUGUAGCCACAUUAACUAAUAUUGAGUUUGUAUAAGGCUGUAUGGUAUAGUGAAAUCCUCAGAUAUGAACAGUAUACCGUAGCUCCUAAAUAUUUAACAAGGAACACCUACAUAAUUUCCUGAGGGAAAGUAUGAAGCUCCGCAAAAGCAUGUAAUCAUGUAAGUCUAUGGGGGUUCACACAAUUACCUCAAUGCUUUUUGUGUGCACAGACCUCUACGUAGCUGUACUUAGGCAUUUUGCUUACAAGGUGUGAUCGUAAAGUAACCAGAUUUGAUUGAUAUUACAAAAACUUUGCCACUUAAAACUUAGCCAUUCUCAAAGUGGUGCAGCCACACGUUUAGUCCAACACUGUUUCCACCGUUUAAAGCAGUUUUUAAAGCCUUCUUUGGAAAUAGCGAAACUUGGUCACAUGUGUUUGAAUCUGCCGAAUGUCGAGAAAUUUAUGUUCCUUUCAACUGCAUUUUUAUUUUUGGAAAUCUGGUGAAUAGAAUGAAUGUUGUACCUGUUGAGUGUUGUGCUAAGCGAGAAACUGCACAGGGUUCAGUGCAUGGGACGGCACGUUGCCAUGAUGGACUUCUCAUCCUGCACUCGAUGCAAACCACUCGCCAUGAUGCCAAGCCAAAACUGGCUUCUGACUAACUGUACCCUGCAAACGUCUCCAAACUUGAGAGUAUGUCUUGGAAUAGAAGCGCUAAAACUAAUGGACCGACACAACAAACAUAAGACCGACAAACACAACAGAGCACUCACUUUCAACAAAGAUUUAUAUUGAGGUGAUGCAGCCUUUUAAGUAAAAAGAUACACCCUUUGUUUGUUCGGCAAUGCCCUACUUUCAGUGCUAAAGCACACGUUCCCAGCUUUUCCUAUAAGAUAUGAUUUCCAAAUCUUGCGCUUGAUUUGCUUUUUGAACCUGCCCCUAAUCUCAGUUUGGCUGAAGAUUCCUCGACACCCACAAUCUCUUGUAUGUAAAUAUAAGGUGCCUACCCUAUUUUUGUCUUGUUUUUGUGCUUGUUCAGCCAGGUGUUUAAACACCGUCCUGUUUAUCCAAUGUACGAUUUGUCACAGGCAAAGGGUAUUUGGUAAACGACCCCCAUAGAACACGGAACUUCAGCUUUUUCAUUGCUAAUAUCACAGUGGGUGCUCUUUUUCUUUCCAGGAUGAAUUGUUACCAACAGGCCCAAAGAAAUGUUUUAUUGGUUUAUUUGACAGUAUGACUCUGGUAUUGUCUAGCCUGAUGGAUCAUACAUUACUUAACUUAUGAAUCCAGUCUGGAUACUUUUUUGUCACACCUUGUUUAAACGCAUUUAAUCUGGUUCAGAAUGUUCCAGUGGCUAGAGCAAACUUCUAGGCUUAAAGAGCUCUGUGCAUGUCUAUGGUGUAUCCCACAAGAGAAAUGGUGCCUGCUUGGCUAUUUCUUUAUGUCCCUGCUAGCCAUGUUGCAAUAACUGUCUGUGGCUGGAAACUACUUGCAAUCGGACUGAAGAGUGGACUCGAGCAGCACAGAUAGACGACAAGGACAUUGUCUGCCUUGGUGUGGAAGUUUGUCAGCUGUUUCAUAUGUGGAUCACAGAUUUUUCCUUCCCUUCUCAUUUGUGUUCUUAUAUAUGAAGGUAAAAUAUUAUUGUAGGCUAAACUUUGCAUAAACAUUUUAGUAGGACAAACAAACUGUUGUUUGUUUCAGUCAGCAGAUUUCAUAGCUAUUCAAUCAUUAUUUGCUUCAUUUCGUCAUCCAUUCUUCUUCAGUUGUUCUCCAAAAAAGUUCAAGGGUAUCAGUCCGUUUUUUAAUCAUCUAGUAACCUUAUCACUGCUUUUGGUGUUUCUGCUUAACAGCAAACCCUGUUUCUGGCAGCAUGAGCCACAGAGAUAUAGAGAGCUCAAAGUUUAUGUACCUUAUGUGUAGCUGACCUUGCAUUAUGCAUUGGUCAUGUGAAAUGCAGCUGGGCACCAUAUUUGAGGCCUUCAAGUUGUACAUACAGCACAAAACAUCCGGGAACUGAUGUUGUCACUGGGACAAACUGCAUAUACAAGGUUGUGUCUUACCUGAAAAGAGAAUACAAAAUACUGCAUAUAAACUUUUAAGCUGAAGGACAAUGAUUCAGGAUGAAUGGAUAAAGCUACAUUUUGGGGAGCAAAAAUUCGUAUCGCAUCUAUUUAAUUGCCAACUGAGAUAAGCUGGCCCUUUGGAAUUUUCGCACCAGUAGUUUCGUUCUUUUGGCUUCUAGAACAUGCGUCAUGUUGGUGGGCAGAAAGUAAUAUGCAUCUGUGAGAAUCCUGUAAUUAGUAUUCUUAGCAUUGUAAGAUGAAAACCUAACAAGACAUUUUUGUUACGUUGAAUUACGACAUAACAAUUGCAAUUUUCAUCUCUCGAAUUCGAGAGCAUGUAGAACAUAAUACCAACCUUGAGAGCAACCUUACUUCUCAAAGCCGACAUCAUGCCCCAUUGGCAGGAUAUUUGCAUUAACAACCUAUGAAAACAUUUAUCAUCUUCUCAUAUUUGCUUCAAGUUCUUGUUUCUUUAGGUCAUUUUGCACGGCAGGUUAUCAUUGCACUAUUUCCUACAUUAAGAAGUUGCUAGAAAGUUUGAAUUGUUUAUUCAGUGUGUUGCUUCUUACUUUUGUUAGACAUUCAGUGAUGCACAAGCAUUGAGAUAUACACUGUUCAGAGGCUUGAAAUUCAUUCACCACAAUAUUUUGCCACAGUUACUUUUAUACAAUUUGCAGAACUCUCUUGUGUACCCUUUUCCCUCAUUCCAAACUGACAAUUUGAACAUGUUUUAUUUGCUCCCAAAAUUUAAUGGACUGACCUCUAACUUUGAGUUGUUUCACAGCUGUGUAUAAUUCUCAUACGUUAUUUCUUGAAUAGUGUUAGUGCAGUUAUCAACAAAGAGGUUGGAAGGAAUUCCUCCUCAAGAAUGUCAUACGCAUGAAUGCUCCGGUGAAGUGUAGCAGCACAUCAAAGAGGACACAUUAAUAAUGAAGUUGACAAUGCUGUCUUAAAUCAAAUGCUGCGUUAUUCUCGUUAACUAGCAUUCCCUCUCCUGAGUCUCGUUCCUAAUUUGGUGUCUGUCUGUAUGCGGAUGUGAAGUGUACCCCCAACAUUCCCACAAAAGCAGCUAUUUUGAUGUUUCUCUUAUCAUGUGCGACAGAAAGGAUCGAUAGAGUUGUAAGAAAGGGAAUUUAUGUUAUUUCCUUUGUCUUGUGCCAUUGAAUACUUCUACUGUGGCAGGUCUGUGUCUGUCAUGUGAAUUUGGAAUAGUACAGUUCAUACUAGUAUGUGUAUUGGCGUGACUGCUGUCUGUUCCCAUUGCAAACUUAUUACUAAAGAGGGAAGAACCUGAGCUAUGAAAAGUUAUGGUGUUGCAAUUGUUGCCUACUGUUUGUAAAAUGAGCUAUGACCAUGACAUUUCGAUGCAAUUUUAUGCCUCACAAAUAUUUGUAAUGCCUUUCAUGUGGAGUUAAGAAUUAAUUAUUUCUAUUCAAUGUCUGCUGAGGUAGCAGUUACUCUCCUAUGACAGCUGUAAUAGCUGUUCAUUUAUGAGCUCAAACACGAAAUCCAGCUUCAAAAGACAGCUACCCGCAUAAAAGUUAAAUAAUAUCCAGGACAUUGAGUAGCCUCAAAAAGAUGUGUAUAAAGUUAAUACAAAGUAAGAUGUCCCACAGAUUUUCUGAGGAAGUCAAGUCCCCCAUAAGGAUGUGUGUUGAAGCGUGGUAUAUUUCUGUAGACUUCUGCCAGGUCAGCAGAGUGUUGUCUUAAAGAAAUUUACCUGGGUGACUAUUGUUAAUCACCUUGCUUCACUGAUUUCAUUCAGUGUGUUGAGGAAUGUAUCAUAGGCAUCACUAAGCAAUACACAAAGGAACACAUUAGCUGCAUGAAGAGAGUGAGCAGCAAAGUGUUGAGUUAUAUUUGCCUGAUUUGCAUACAACGAAAUAGUUAAAUGUACUAUAAAAUGCAUAAAGUGCUAUACAUGUGGUUGUGUAACGAACUGUAACACUAGUAAAAUGUCUGUGAGACAUCGGAGGAUAAUCAUGUUUGACGAUAGUAAGUAAUGCCAAUUGCGAACCCUUCUACCCUUUGUCAGCUUGUGUGUUGAUCCACAGUUUUCCACAGAACAAAAAUUAUCCUGAAAAUAAGUUCUUUUACUAUGUUGUGGACAUUUUUUUUUUUUUUUUCAGUUGGUUAACUGCCAGGAAUGCAUUUAACAUAUUAUAAUUCGUAACAUGGAUAACUAUGGACACGUCGCUAAAAUUGGUUUGUAUUGAUUAGAUGGUCACAUAUCGUAACGAAAACUGCCCGUGCACUGGAGACUGUGCUUCAUUGGUCAUGUGAUAGAAAGUUAACAUUAACGUAUAUCACAGUGUUGAUUUUUUUUUUUUUUUUAAUUGCUGAGGGAAUAUCUACCAUGUGUGCAAUUUUGUAAAUUCUAAAAGUUAAUUUCGAGCCAGUCUUGGCCUACAUUUGUUGAUGUGCAGUUUUUGAAACAUGCAGUGAUGUGUGUGGUCAUAAAAUGCAGCAAAAUCUCUUUUCUACUUGAGGGAACAGAAUGAUGCAGUUGUACAAAAGUGGAAUUCAAAAAAGUUACUCAAGUACACUAUGUUUGUUUCUGUGACUCUAGGGGUGAAAUCAUUACGAUAGGGACCAAAUUCAUUGCUGCUAUGUCAACCAUGGAAAAACCAUGUUUGUGCAAAUCUCCUAAUUAGCAUUCAAUGGCCUCUCCCUCUGGUCUGAAUAGGACUGCACAGAAAAAUACUACAGUCAUGUCUCGUUUAUUCAGGGUCCUUUGCUCUGUGGUCCACCCCUCUAGAUAACUAAUUUUCAGACAAGUGUGUAUUACAUAAACUGCAUAUUUGUAGUGCUCGGAGUAAGUCUGUUUGUUUCCUUGACAAAAUUAUGCAUUUUAUUCAAUAUACAUAAGUUAUUUGGCACUCCGACAAAUGAGACUGUUUACUCCAAAGUUAUCCAGCCUGCAAAGGCCAAGCUUCAGAUGAAUGGGCUGGGACAAGGUGGCUGGAUAACGGGGUCAAAAUAGCUAGAGAAUGUCCAAAAUGUUCACAAUAUUCUGUGUCCAUAUACGGAUAGUGAACGCUGGGUAAGUUAGUGCAGUCCUAAUGGAAUUGGGACCUGUCCGGACAUCGUUUCCUGCAUAACAGGUUUUCCGGUUAACUGUGUUCUGAAUAAACUGGAUGUGACUGUACAUGCGUUAUCUAGAUCUCACAAUCUAUUAGAACUCUGAUUCUGCUGCAAGUAAAUAAUUUCCCUAAACAUUUGUCAUUAUGUCCUUUUAGAACACCAAUGUGUUGAAACACAAAAGUAUGUCACUGUACAAAAAAACACAUAUCAAAAUGUUUACUUUUGUUAUCUCUAGCUACACCUUUUGUCAAAAUUUCAUUGUGUUCAUUGUAAACAGAUGUGUGUUCUGGAUGUGGUAACUGUUAGGGUUCAUCUUCGUACCUUUACCCAAUCGUGUAAAUACACAAGUGAUGAGAUAGGUAUAUGUAACCUACAAUGAAAUAUAGGAGUUAGAGCAAAGGAAGCCAGGGAAGCUUAUCAUUGAACUGUGCAUUACAUAGGGAAGACAGCACAGCCUGCAGGCAUCUGGACACUUGAGUCAUUUUUGCUGCUUUGAAACUCAUAAUUCAGAGCAUGUGUGCACCUGUAUAGUGCAAGGAGUGUUGUGGAGAAAGAAAAAAAAGUCUAUGUAGCGAGAAUACCAGCCACCACAAUAGAUGCUGCCCCCCUUUCCCCCUUGCACACGCACACAAAAUAAAAAAGGUACAUAGAGUAGAUUUGGCCAGUGGCCAUACGUUGACUAGUGUGUGUCUGCAACUGUUGUGUCGAUUUGUGUGAUGAAGCAUGCCCAUAUACCUACAAGUGGGUGAUUCCCCUUCCAAGAUGAUGCAGUAGGGUAAUCAGACCUGUCCAGUGACAUGCUGCUCUUUGGCGAUGAAUGGCCAUGAUUACUGAACUCGUAACAGAAACAGUGUUGUUUUGGAUGUAACAGGUGAUUGUGCUAUUGUUCCUCUGUAGUCUUGAAAGUGCUGCUUGUGAAACCGACAUGCCUUUAUUCAUGAAAUAUGUCCCCUAGGUAUUAUGCACAAGUAGGAGACAUGUAUCUGCUCACUUUCUGACAUUGCAUGUGUUCUGCAGGACCCUGACUGUGGCUGCUGUGACUGACAGUCAAUAUAUUAUGCUAGUAAUAAGCAAGCAAGAUGUGUAUAGUACAACACGAAAUGAUUGCUACAAUUGAACGUUGUUAUAGCUUUCUGCAGGGGCAACAGAAUCUGGCCAUUUAACUGCAAGGACUUGCAUUCUGCAAUGAGAUGCAGUCACGCUGGUUGUGGACGUGUUUACCAUAAUGAGAUAUUAAGAAUAUUAUAUCAUAUAUGCCACUUGAUUUAGGUGAAGAGCAAAAUGGUAGGUGCACCUUGCAGUACGCACCAUGACACGGAGCAGUUUCUGUAAAAAUUGCCAAAAUUUCUACAGAGUCCUUACCUGCUGACACCAUUUAUUUCUGUUAACGCAUGCUGUCAAAAUGGCCACCACUGUGAUGUCCCCAUACUGAAAUGAUCAUUUUGUAACACCAUCACUAGGACUGUAUGCUCAUUGUGAGACUGCUUCUUGUAACAUCAGUCUGUGAUGUGACACGCUUCAAGCCCAAUGAAAUAUUGGCAUCUUUGUUAUAGUCAAGAGCUAGCAAAAACUACAGGACUAGGAUGGGAAAAAAUAGCUGAUGUUUUGAUUUUGUCUCACCUAUAUUACACAUUUAAUACCAAAUGAUAUGGGAAAUUAUUGAAAUGAGUAGUAAAGUGACAUUACUAAAUAGUAAUGUGCUUUCUGUACAUAUAACAUUAGAGAUCAUGUUUAUAAGAAGCCUUCACAUGCAAAGUUGUCUCUUGUUAGUCUAGAAGUCUUGUGCUGAGUUAUGCCAAGGUUUCAUAGCUCGAAGGAUGCCGUGGGGUUGUGGAAUGUCCUUUGCAUUGUAUCAAUAUGGAAGUUACAAUUUUGAUGCAAGAAAUACAGUGUGUGCUGUCAUUGUACUAAAUAGCACAUAUGUAUAAGGCAAAUAUAAUUUUAAGAGAUUAGUGAUGUUAUCUGGUAUUGCAUUAGUAAAAGAACAAAAAAAAAUAUGCAGAUUUGUAUAAAUGUAGCACAUUCCACUGUGCAAUUCAGUUUAAUUGUGCAUGAGAUUCCAGCUGCCAAUUUCUGCCAACACCUGUAAGAGGUAUGUUUUUAGGUAUUUUCUGAAAAUGAAUGUAUCAUGAUGAGGGACUGCAUUCAAUGAAGUACACACAGGGAAAAGUGACUUUCCUAUAUUUUAUAUCAAAUAAAUAUUGUUAUCAGAAAGUA